UUGAUGCAGAACAAGUUGAAUUAAGCUUUCGACAGGGAGAUUUGAUUACUAUUUUUGGGCCAAUGGAUGAAGACGGGUUUUACUUGGGCGAAUUAAACGGAAUUAGAGGCUUAGUCCCUUCCAAUUUCCUACAACCAGCCCCACAAACAACAGAACCUGUACUUCAUUCUAGACCUAAAGGGGUUGCUUUCUGUUCUGAUUUGAACAAUUCUGAUUAUCAAAUGAUGGCUAAAACUUCGAUUGGGAAUAAAAAAGAACAGGGAGGAGGGGGUAGAGGACAACAACAACAACAACAGCCACUUCAAGGAGGGACUGGGGGAACGUCAGUGAUUGUGGGAGGAGGAAGAGAAACCUCAGGAAACCUUCCAAGAAUAGCUUCCUCCUCAAAAACACUAAACAAAAUCCAAAUAUCUAAUCAGCAACAACAACCUUCCGCCCCUAUCCCGGCCAAAUCUUUGAUUAAGAAAAGCUCUGAUUUAAGCAACAGAACAAUUCAACAACAACCAAAUGUUAGAAAAGGCUCUCAUGCUGGUGCUAAAGGACCUCAUAGUGUUGUUAAGGUGGGUGUAUUAGGAAUGUUAGGAUGUCACCCGGUCUGGGGCCUAGUUCUCUCCACUACAGAUUCUGCAUUCUGUGCACAGAACACAGAUUCUGGGGAAAUUCUAUUUCUCUUAAAUUCUGCUGGCACAGAUUCCGGCGCCCGCAAAUUCAUAUUCUGUGGAAAAUGCCGCAGAUUCUGCGGACGAAAGUUUAUGUGGAAAAUCGAAAUACCGUAUUUAUUCUAA